UCCCAGGGCCUGGGGUGCUGCCAGAUCCCGGAUCCCUGCCUGCACCCACCAGCCCCGGCCCCACGGGAUGCUUCGCCCCCCAGCACUGUGGGCUGGGGGUCACCUCCCACGGUGGGGACCUCCCCGGAGCUGUACAGGGCUCCUGGCAUGGGGACAGGGGCCUGGGGGUCACCCCCCUGUGGCCCUGCUGCGGGGAACCUCCCAGAGGUGCUUGGGGUUCCUGACAUGGGGAUGGGGGCCUGGGAGUCGCCCCCCUACAUCCCUGUGACGGGGACCCCCCUGGAGCUGCAUGAGGCUGUCGCCUCCAAUGUGUCCUCCUGGCUGUCCCCUCCUCACUGUGCAGGGGCAGGGGCCCCCCCGGACCUCCCCGGCGACCCCCUCCUGGACGCGGGGCUGAUGUUGCCGGAGUUCGUGGAUGCAGGGACAGUCACCCAGGACCUCUCCGCAGACCUGCUCUCUCUCUUGGAGGCUCUGCUUCCGCCGCAGCCCCAGGACUGACCUGGAUGAGCCCCCAGCUC